GUUUUUAGACAUGGAAAUCGCAUUUUAAGUGUGAUGCUGGGAAAUCCUAUCCAUGCCUUCAUUUAGCUCUGAGGAGACUCACUCACACGUCUGACCGCCGGAGGAAAGACUGAAACUUUUGAAGACGCUGCGUCUGGUCGUGGGGAUCCAGUGUGAGUGGACGGUGGGAUGAAACUCUUCUCUUGCUUCAUUCCUCUGCUGUUACGGACAUAUUACUCUACCUUGGAAGCCAUCGGCAGCUCUUGACUAAUAAUGCGGCGUGAUUGAUCAUCGACAGGAGACAAUACCCAUCCACUGCUUUCCAUUCCCACAUAUUCGCUGGAUAUCUGUAGACGAAGUGCGGGCGAAGAGGCUUUUGUUCUGCGGUGUUUCUCGCUGUGACGGGACUUAUUGUGUUUAGAUCAAUAUGACGUCUCCUGCUAAAUUCCGAAAGGACAAGGAAAUUAUAGCCGAAUAUGAAACGCAAGUUAAAGAGAUCCGAGCUCAGUUGGUGGAGCAGCUUAAGUGUUUGGACCAGCAAUGUGAGCUCCGUGUGCAGCUCCUGCAAGACCUGCAGGACUUCUUCCGCAAGAAGGCAGAGAUUGAGAUGGACUACUCCCGCAACCUAGAGAAACUAGCUGAGAGGUUCCUGGCAAAGACACGCUACACAAAAGACCCUCAAUUCAAAAAAGAGCAGAAUAUCUUGUCUCCAGUCAACUGCUGGAACCUUCUCUUGGCUCAGGUGAAGAGAGAAAGUCGAGACCAUGCCACUCUCAGUGAUCUCUACCUCAACAACAUCAUCCCACGCUUCGCCCAGAUCAGCGAAGACUCAGGACGCCUCUUUAAAAAGAGCAAAGAGGUGGGCCUCCAGCUGCAGGAGGAUCUGAUGAAAGUCCUCAAUGAGUUGUACACGGUGAUGAAGACCUAUCACAUGUACAACAUGGACAGCAUCAACGCAGAGAGCAAGCUGAAGGAGGCAGAGAAGCAGGAGGAGAAACAGAUGAGCCGCAGUGUCCGGCAUGAGGAAAAACAGACCCCUCGCUCACCUGACUCUCUCACCAACAUCAAGAUCGAGGAUAAACACGUGCGCCGCAGCUCCGUCAAGAAGAUUGAGAAGAUGAAGGAGAAGCGGCAGGCCAAAUACACUGAGAAUAAGCUGAAAGCUAUCAAGGCCAGGAAUGAGUAUCUUCUGGCUCUGGAGGCCACAAACAGCUGCGUCUUCAAAUACUACAUCCAUGAUCUGUCUGACCUCAUCGAUUGCUGUGAUCUGGGCUACCAUGCCAGCCUGAACCGUGCACUGCGUACCUACCUCUCGGCUGAGUUUAACGUGGAGACAUCCAAACACGGGGGCCUGGAGACCAUUGAGAAUGCAGCAGAAAACCUGGAGGCCAACUCAGACAAACAGCGGCUCAUGGAGACCUACAACAACGUCUUCUGUCCUCCGAUGCGCUUCGAUUUCCAGUCUCACAUGGGUGACAUGGUUGGACAUUUGUGUGCCCAGCAGCCUGUGCAGGGAGAGCUGAUCCAGAGAUGCCAGCAGCUUCAGUCCCGUCUGUCCACACUGAAUAUAGAGAAUGAAGAGGUUAAGAAGACCAUGGAGGCCACUUUACAGACCAUCCAGGACAUGGUGACCAUAGAGGACUUCGAUGUGACCGACUGCUUCCACCACAGCAACUCAAUGGAGUCGGUCAAGUCCACAGUGUCUGAGUCUUUCAUGAGCAAACCCAGCCUGGCCAAGAGACGAGCCAACCAGCAGGAGACCGAACAGUUCUACUUCACGAAACUGAAGGAGUUUCUGGAGGGCAGGAACCUCAUCACCAAACUGCAGGCUAAACACGACCUGAUCCAAAAGACUCUGGGAGAAAGUCAGAAGACGGACUACUGCCUUGCCAGCGGACGGAGGGACUCCACUGUGCGGAAACAGGAAGCCAUCCAAAUCAUUCCCCUGAUGGUGGAGAGUUGUAUUCGCUUCAUCAGUCGACACGGUCUUCAUCAUGAGGGGAUUUUCAGGGUGUCUGGCUCCCAGGUGGAGGUCAAUGACAUUAAAAACGCCUUUGAAAGAGGUGAGGAUCCGCUGGCUGGAGAUCAGAAUGAUCACGAUAUGGACUCCAUCGCUGGAGUGCUGAAGCUCUACUUCAGAGGCCUGGAAAACGCCCUGUUUCCUAAGGAAGUCUUCCAUGACCUCAUGUCCUGUGUCUCCAUUGAGAGCCUCCAGGAAAGAGCUGUGCACAUCCGAAAAGUCCUGCUGUCGCUGCCCAGCAACAUCCUGGUUAUCAUGAGAUACCUGUUUGCUUUUCUCAAUCAUCUGUCUCAGUACAGUGACGACAACAUGAUGGACCCCUACAACCUGGCUAUCUGCUUCGGCCCCACACUCAUGUCUGUUCCUGAGGGCCACGAUCAGGUCUCCUGCCAGGCACAUGUGAACGAGCUCAUCAAAACCAUUAUUAUCCACCACGAGAGCAUCUUUCCAGGGCCCCGUGAGCUGGAGGGCCCCGUCUACGACCGUGGAGGAGCCCCUGAGGAAUACUGUGAUAGUCCACACAUUGAGCCCCCUCUAGUGGACGAACCUGCUCCUGACACGGUCUCUGUAAUCCACAACAGUGAUGACGUAAAGUCAGGGCCAUUGACCGUUUCAGAGUCGGACCCCAUCGAGGCCAUCGCUCGCUUCGAUUACUCUGGACGCACCAACCGCGAGCUGAGCUUCAAAAAGGGGGCGUCUCUGCUGCUGUACAGCCGCGCAUCUGAUGACUGGUGGGAGGGACGACACAACGGCACUGAGGGUCUCGUGCCGCACCAGUACAUAGUAGUGCAGGACAUGCCGGAUGGAUAUGCAGGCAGAGGAAGUCCUAAAGCUGACCUCGAAGGAUCCCAUGAUUCAGUGGAAGAGAAGGUUUCCACGAGAGCCAGUGCCAGCUCACCCACUGGAGGUCAUGUGGCUGAUAUCUAUCUAGCCAACCUCAACAAGUUGAGGAAGCGUCCAGAAGCGACGAGCAUCCGGAGAACCAUCCGGCCUGUGGAGGAGGGCUCAUCAGGAGCAGCAGGGGGCUUAAAGACCUCCUCUAUGCCUGCUGGAGGACUGGCCAAGGACAGCUCAGACAAGCGUCCUGUCAGCGCUCACAGCGUCCUGAACUCCAUCACCAGACACUCGUCUCUCAAGACUAAAGUAGAGGGUCCUCAAGUUCGCAAAUCCACACCUACUGGACGAUCCAAGAGCUUCAGCAACCACAGACCCCUCGACCCAGAGGUGAUCGCGCAGGUGGAGCACAGCUCACAGGACAUCGAGGCCACUAUGAACACGGCUCUGAGUGAGCUGCGAGAGCUUGAGAGGCAGAGCAACGUCAAACAUGCUCCAGACGUGGUUCUCGACACACUGGAGCAGCUCAAAAGUGGCGGGACAUCUGAACCAUCCAGCCCUCUCCAUUCCCGCCUGCUCCGCGAAGCUGAAUCCUCUCAGCAUCCUCUGCAGCGCAGCGCCAGUUCAGCCAGCGACAUGCCCUCCACUUUCCGACCCAGCAAAACCACAGGCCCCAAGAGCCCUCUGUCCUCCAUGACCACCGCUUCUGGCUCCACAUUCAGAGAUAACAAACCUCCAGCCACCAGACCCAAGCCUGUGGUGUUCCCCAAAAGCAGUUCAGCCGGAGGAAGUCCGGCUAUGGGAUCUCCAACCACCACCAUCCCACCAACACCACCACCUCCACCACCACCCACCGACAAAUCCUGCCCCGUCUGAGGGUUUCCCAGCAAAAAAACAACAGGAUAGUUUAGAUUUGAGUGAGCGAGUAAGUGUUUAAUACACACAGGAUGAUUUUUCAGCAGUUGUUAGUUUGGACUGAGACUCGGACAUCAGCCGGAUCUUCUUUUCUAAUCCCAGUUUAGAGCUUUGGAGUUCUUUUCUGUCUGUACAGACUCGUUUUAAUGGGAAAAGACUUUUUUUGAGGUCAAAGAACUAUUCGAGGAGACAUUUUCACCUCAGACUUUAGUGCAAAUUGAAGCAGGUUGAAUGGAAACACAUUUUUUUUUCCUCCUGAUAUAAAUCCGCCACUCAAAUGCAAUGACAUUUCUGAGUCGAUCCAAUCCGUCAGAUUCUACAAAUCCAAUAAUCACUAGUUAUACUUCAUAAUUCACCUUAUAACCUACACUGGCACUCUUUUUAGCCAACCAAACCAUAAACGUGACAAAUAAACACGUUUGCAUGAAGAUCCACAAGAUUUUUUGCAUGAUGAACGCGACUUCCCAAACCAUUGGAUUUAUCAUCGAUAUUCCGUAAUUGCUCCAAAGCACUUCUGAAUUCAUUAACAGUCUGAGAUGUCAUUUUAUUCUACUAUUAUAAUAUCAUCGGGCACAUAAAAAAAGGGUGUUGUUUUGUAUAAGUCUAAUAAUCGUGAUUAUAACUGGAAACAAGUAUCUAAAAAUGAGGAAUGUCAAGAAAGCACAUUAUUUCUUCAUGGCCCGUGUGUAAAAAAAAAAGAAAAAAUAACAAGAAAAAUAAUUCUCCCUAGGUCAUUACUCGCCUCUGGGUCUAUUUCAUGGUAUCUAUGUAUUAGUAUGUGUGUUUACGUACAGUAUGUAUAUAAUGACUCUUCGUAGCAGCCUGACAGCAGUUUCUUUAUUUUAUUUGAUCAGAUUUACAAUGCAAAAAAAA